AUCAUCAUCAUAAUUACCUCAUCAGCAUUUGCCAUUAUCACCAUGGACUCAUCAUUAAUCGCAAUAUGAAGGCUAAAGUCAUCAAUUUCUUCCGGUGAAACUUUGUAUUAACGUGUAAACAAAAUGUUAGUUAUAAUCGUUGAUUACUAAUCCACCAAAAAAUCAAAACCAUUAAAUGGACAAACAUUGUCAGUUAAUUGCUUUAAAACCCUCAUUUUCUUAACUCGUCUCGAAAUUGAAACUAAUUAAUCUAUUUGAUGCAUCCAAAGAGAUUGAGAUUCAAUUUCCGCUGUUUAACAAUUAAUAUUGAUGAUGAUACAAUUCAAUUCACUGUUAAAAAAUAUGUUCACAAUUUACGGAAGUAUCUUAAUUGUGAUUAACUUUUUCUCAUUGAUUCUUUAGCUCAUGAAACCUAAAUUGGUUCAAAUGUUUAAUUUUUUGCCUCUUUAAUCAUUAUCGUUUCUUUUAGUUGAUUAUAUUUUUUGCUAUCAAUUCGUUAACAUCUAUUAACUAUUAAAUGUUCAUCAUCAGUAACAAUUUGUAUCACUUUUUUAAUGAGUUAAUUUUUUCACGUUGAUUGUAGUGUUGAUCACAACAAGAAGGUUUUACAAUUUAACCUCAAUGUUUACACAUUUUUACAAUCAGUAAGUUGCGAAAAAAGUUGAUGAUUAACAAAGUGAUUAAUUGAUUGUCCUUAUCCUUCAAUCAACGCGACAAGAAUCAAAUGAUAUUGAUGUUUAUGACAAUGAUCAACAUUUGAUUUGAUCAGAUUGUUGAUUACUGUUAAUUUGAGCAGGUCAACUCCUUAUUAAUUGAUUGAAGGCUGAACCCAUUCCGAGAUAAUAACAUGAUAGUAAACAAGAAAAUAAUUUGAACGAUUAAGCUUAACAAUUAAGAGAACUGGAUUAAAAGGAUGCCCAUUAAUGGGAGGUUUCAAAAGAUAUAUUGACAAUUGAUAAUCAUGAUCAACUAAUUGUUAUCAUCUCAAAUCAAUAUAUAAAGUAUAUAAAUCGACUGGUUAAUCAGUUGAUCAGUCAGUGUGUAGUUUGGACAAUUAAGAACAACAAUUGAAAUUGUUUAUAAACAAUACAAUACAAUAGUAAAUAGAAAGUGAAAAGUUUGUUAAUUGCAACAAUCAAAGAUGAUUCAUUGUCAAUCACCAUCAAUGAGAUUUAUUUCAUCACCUAUUGGACUUUGUUGUUUAAUUGUUGUGGUCUUCUGUCAGCUGACCAUCGGUACUCAUCAUCAUGGUGGUGGUCAUUCAAACAUUUAUCGUGAACAAAAUGGUUGGGGAAAAUACUCAUUUGGAUAUGAUAUUCAUGAUCCAUGGGGUAAUAAAAACUUUCGCAAGGAACAUGGUGAAUUCACCAAAAAGGGAGGCCAUGUUGUCGGUUCCUAUGGUAUUUAUGAUGCCAAAGGUAGAUUACGAUUAGUUAAAUACACUGCAGGUAAAAAUGGAUUCGUGGCAACAAUUAAAACCAAUGAGCCAGGAACAGGUAAUGAAGAUUCAGCUGGAGUUUAUUUCAAUGGCGGUGACAGUCAUAAGGGAAAAUGGCUGUUCGAUGUUGGAACUCAUCAUAAGGAUCAUUGGGGUAAACACCAUGAUCAUCACGAUCAUCACGAUCAUCAUGGUGGUCAUCAUGGGCACCAUAAGAUUGGUCAUCAUGGUAAAUAUAUCGCUGCUGCUUCAGAGUUGAAAGGAUCAUCUGGCUCACCAGCUCGUCAUCAACGACGAUUUGAUGAUAAAGGUUUCCCUUUGGAUGGUGAACAUGGUAAUGGUCAUCCUAACGGUCCAGUUAAUGCUAAUGGUUUUGAUCAGAGAGGCUUCAGGUCAGGUGAUUUUGGUUCAGGUAAAAAUCAACAGAGAGGAAAUAAUUUCCAUGGCAGGGAACGAGAAUCAACCGGUGGUAAACACAAUUUCUCAGGUAAAAGUGGCUUCGAUCGUGAUCCUUUCCAAUCAGCUUUCGGUGAAAGUAAAUUUGGUGAAAGCAAAUUCGGUGAUAAUAAAUUCGGUGAAGGUAAAUUAGCAAUUAAUAGUGAUCGUGAUGGAGAUGGUGAAUAUCGACGAUUAGCAAGUAAUUAUCCUCGAGCUGAAGAAGGUCACAAAUAUAGUAAAUCAUCAUUAGAUUAAUCCAAUUGUCGUAAUCAACUAUUUUCAUUCAAUUAUUAUCAAAGCAAAAAGUUUCUCAAUGAAAUUAUUGUUUUUUGAUUUUCAUCCUUGUAAAUAUUAAUCCCGUUCAUUAUUUAAACCUUUCAAAUUGCUAAUUGUUUUAAUCAUCUUUCUACCUU